AGGCGAAGCUCGAUAAAUAUCUCUCUUGAGAUAUAAAACCAUAGCAGAGAGCCAAAAGCCAAACUUCAGAGCGUGGAAACAAGCCAUAAGGUGGUUAAGUACUAUUGAUGCUUUCUCGCUCUAAGGUAAUCGUUAAAAGGCCUGUUUUCCUCUCUCUUCCAUCCUUAAAUUUCAGUGGAAGCGCUAACCCAACUCGAAACACAUACCCUGAAGCACCAAAACCCAGCUCUAAUGGCGCCAUUACAGGGUCUUACCCUAUUUUCCUGCACAAAUUGCAGCCUCACCAUGUCAACCUACUUCUCCACAAACUUGGGUCAAAACCCAGCUCAGCCCUCCAAUUCUUCAAAUGGGCACCUCUUAAUUUGCGUGGAUUUUCUCAUACUCCUGCAACGUUUUGCAGUAUUUGUCAUAUCCUUAUCCGAAACCAAAUGUUUGAAGCUUCCAGGGAUCUUUUUGAUGAUAUGAUUGCUUAUUCUGGUGCUAAUUAUGAUUUAGUUCGAGAACUCCAAUCUGGUUUUCCAAUAUAUGGCUCGAACCGAGUAACUGUGUACAGUUUCCUCAAUAUUGGUUACUGUCGUGCCGGCAUGAAUGAGCUUGCUGUUGAGGCAUUCAAUAGAUUGCACAGUAUGGGUAUUUCGAUUUCAACUUAUUCAUGUGCUUUCUUGCUGGAUUCAUUGCUCAAGGUUGAUAUGAUUGAUUCCAUUUGGGACAUUUAUGUCAAAUUUUCAUACAGUGGUUUAAAACCCAAUGUUUUCAUGUAUAAUGUAUUGAUUAGUGCAUGUUUCAAAGUCGGUGAUUCUGAAAGGGCCAGAGGAUUAUUCGGAGAAAUGGAGAGGAAGAAUUGUCCACCCAAUAUUAGCACUUUUAAUUGUUUUAUUGAAGGGUUUUUGAAGUUGGGUAAUGAGAAAGAUGCAAUUGGAUUCAUGGAAUUGAUGAUCGAGAGAGGAAUUAAACCAAAUUUUGCAACAUUUAUAGCUUUAGUCCCUGCAUUGUAUGGGUCUGGUAGGGCAAAGGAUGCCAAAUCAUGUUUCGAAGAAAUGCUUGAGAGGAAUUUGGUUUUAGACCAGAGCUCUUAUUUCCCUAUGAUGAAUCAGCUUUGCAAGGAGGGGAAUUCGUAUGGAGCAUUACGGUUUCAUAAAAAAAUGUUUGAAAAGGGGCUCAUCCCAUCAACGGUAGCUUGCAAUAGGAUCAUUGAUUCAUUAUGCAAGGAAAACCGAAUAGAAAUUGCUUCUGAGUUUUUCUCUUUGCUUCUUGAAAAGGGGCCCCAUCCAAACCUUGUUACCUAUAGCUCUAUGAUCCAUGCUUAUUGCGAACUGGGUAAUUUAACUAAGGCUCUUGAACUGUAUGAUUGUAUGCUAGCUAAGAAUGUGGCUCCUGAUCUUAUCAUUUACAGUAUCCUUAUCAAUGGAUUUUGUGGGGUGGGUAGGUUAGAAGAAGGAUUUGAGCUCUUUUCAAAGGCUAUCAGUGUGGGUACUGUACCAGAUGUAGUGAUUUACAGUACACUUAUAGAUGGGUAUAGUAAAGUGGGUAAUCUCCAAAAGGCCUUUGACUUAUAUAUAAAGAUGAUUGGAGAAGGAAUUUGUCCAAAUUUAGUUACCUAUAGUGUGCUGAUCGAUGGGCUUUGUGAGAGUGCUAGAAUUUCGGAGGCUUUGGGGCUUCUUUGCAGGGUUAUCAAAGAUGGUCUGGAACCAAGCAUAAUAACUUUUAGCCACCUAAUAAAUGGAUUGUGUAAAUUGGGAAAUGUUAUGGAGGCAUUCAAUUUUUAUGGGCGUAUGCUCGAAAGGGGUCAUUUUCCUGAUGUUGUGCUUAUUGGGGUUCUUUUAAAUGCAUUAAGCAAGGAAGGAAGGUUGAGGGAGGCCUUAACUUUUUUUCUAAAAUUGUUAAGAAUGGGUUUAGAGCCUAAUGCUGUUUUGUACAAUAUCUUAAUGGAUGGGUACUGCAAUGUAGGAAAAUUAGAUGAUGCUUUGAGGGUGUACAAGAUGAUGGGCGCUAGUAAAAUAGUUCCAGACAUCUUUGGCUUCACUACUCUCAUCAAGGGGAUGUGUGAUCAAGGCAGGGUAGAGAAAGCUCUACAUCUUUUUUUCCAAGUAGUCAAAAGGGGCAUAGUACCUGAUAUUGUAACAUAUUCCACUCUGAUAGAUGGAUUUUGUAAGAAACCUAAAGUAACGGAUGGGAUUAAGAUUUUCGAAAUGAUGCUAGGAAAUGGUCUUUUCCCUGAUAUUGUCACCUACAAUGUCUUGAUUAAUGCUCUUUUUACUGAAGGUAGGGUGGGAGAGGCUUCCAAACUCUUCCAUUGUCUCUCUAGGUGUGGAUUAAAACCCGAUGUUGCAAGUUACAACACAAUGAUCACUGGUUAUUGCCAUGCAAAGAAGAUAAAUGAAGCCCUAAAAAUGUAUCGGGUGAUGAUGCUAAGAGGGUUGGAUCCCAAUGUUAUAACUUUCACAAUUCUUGUCAAUUCUUUUUGUAAAGAAGGUAGGAUGGAUGAGGCAUUGCAAAUUUUCAAUACAAUGGUUCAGAGGGGUCCUUUGCCAAAUAUUGUGACUUAUAGUUGCUUGAUUGAUGGUUAUUGCAAAGCUCAUAGUCUUCAAGAUGCUUUUAAAAUUCAUGACAGGAUGUUGGGGGACCAUGUUUCUCCGAAUAUUAUAUCUUACAGUGCUCUUAUAAAUGGUCUAUGCAAGGAGGGGCGGAUGGACGAUGCACUUUCAGUUUUUCAUUCAUCAAUAGAUAGAGGGUUGAUGCCUGAUUUUGUAGCAUAUGGCAUUCUGAUUCAGGGCUACUGUGAUGCUGGGAGAUUAGCUGAGGCCUUACUCUUGUACAAUAGUAUGAUGAUUGAUGGUGUCAUACCUGAUAGAUUUAUAUAUAAGAUACUAAUUGAAGGUCUUCACAGAGAGGGUAGGAUUGAGGAAGCCAAUGAGCUCAUCCACAAGGCUCUAUAGACUUGGUUUUCUCCCAUGUGCUCAUUCUUUUUUGGCAUUACCUGAAUAAUAAUUGCAAACAGAGGCAUGCCCUUUUUGCAGGAGAGUCAGACAGGCUAUGACUGAGCUUGAUCUUUCAGUGGAGGUUUCCCUACCCUGUUGAUCCAAACACUGGUGCCUCAAUGUACGAGAGUGGUGAGCCAUCAAACUACUAUGUGCUGUGGCUUUGUACUUAUUUCAUGAGUGUAAUAUUGCUCUUAAUGGAGUGCAUGACAGGAUUCUACUUGUCUUCAUGGUUUUGUUUAUUUUAGUGGUAUCCUCUUACAUAAUUGACAAUUAUGCACUAUUAUAGAUGGAAAAUAUGACCUUAUCAUUUUCUUUUACUAAUAUUAAAUAUUUGUAUUAUACACUAUAUUAAUAUUAUAAACUCAAAUAUUUAAUAUUAGUAAAAGAAAAUGAUGAGGUAUUAUUUGCCAUCUAUGUUUGUAUUGAUUGCCUAAUGAGUUGUGGGAGGUUAAUCUGCCCGCUGAGGAGGUGCCACCUGAGCUACCUGAACCUGCACUUGGGAUACAUUUUGCUAGGGAUGGGAUGCAAGAAAAGGAUUGGUUCUCUUGUUGCUGUUCAUAGCGAUGCAUGGUUACUUGCUAUGGCAUUCUACUUUGGUACACGCUUUUGGUUGACAAAAAUGAUAGGGUGGGAAGGUUCGGCAUUGGAUUCUUGUAUUCUUCAACAUUCACUCACAUGUGCGGACCCUCUUCCUGUGCCCCUUGGAAAAUUCUACUUGGUCGAUGCUGGCUACCCAAAUAUUCAAGGAUUUCUCUCUCCGUACCUCCUAACACGUUACCAUAAGAGCGAUUUCAAUCGUGGUAAUUCGAAUCCUCAAGACUAUAAGGAGUUUUUUAACAAAAGACAUUCUUCACUUUGAAAUGCUAUUGAAUGUGGCUUUGGUGUCCUCAAGGCACGGUUCCUAUAUUGGAGGUUGCCCCUAAUUAUCCAAUUAGGACACAAGUGAAGAUAGUCCUUGCUUGUUUUAUAUUGCAUAAUUUCAUUACAGAAGUUGAUGGUGAUGUGCAAGAAAUUGGAGGAGAUGUCAAUGUGGAAAGAUGUGAGGACAAUACUAUUCCGGUUUUUGAAUCAGAGACAUUUGGGAUGAGUCAGAGUGAGAGGGAUGAUUGAGCGAAAUUUCGAGAUAAUAUGUCAAUGAAAAUGUGGAGGGAUAAUCUUGGCAUUUCUUAGCUUUCUUCUUUGUUAGUCAAAUAUUGUUGGAAUAGCAAAUUUUCAAUUUAUUAAGUACUAAAUAUAACAUGUUCAGUUCCUUCAUUGUGGAAGGAUCAUCUUGGCAUUUCUUAGUUUUCUUCUUUGUUAGUCAAAUGUUGUUGGAAUAGCUUUCAGUUUAUUAAGUACAAAGUAUGACAUGCUCAAUUCAUGCAUUGAUGUAGUCAUGUGUUGAAUGAAUCUUAUGGCCGUGAAAUGUUGCUUUCAAUUCAUGUUGUUAUCUUAUGAUAUUGACAAUUUAAUUAGGCAUGGAUGAUGAGAUAAUGGAGGUCGAGAGUGCAUCUUCAAAGGCAAAAAAAAUUCAGUGGACUCAUAGAAUGGAAAUAGGUUUGUUAGAUGCGCUUGUAGAGCAGGUAGAGCCAUGUGGCAAGCCAGAGAAGGAUUUCAAACCGCCACAAUGGAAUUCUGUAGAGAAAUCCUUCACCAAGGCAACAGGCAUGGCUUUAAGGAGAGAGAACUGCAAGAAUAGGCUUAAGACUUGGGGUAAAAACUACCCUACAGUUAUCAUAAACCACAACAGAUUUGGGUGGGAUUCAGUGAGACAGACAGUGACUGGUAACGAGGAUCUUUGGGAUCAAUGCAUUGCGAUUAGUUUAUUCCUUUCUGUUCUUUGGUAUUUAUGAAUUGUAUUGUGUAUUUCAAUAUUAUGCAUUAAUAAUUGUCCGUAUUGUAUAGGCACAUCUAGAAGUCAAGCAUAUCAAUAGGAAUUGAGCAUAAUCAUAAGCAAUUCAAUGGCCGAUGGGGUAGGUGCGAGGACAACAUCAAUGGCUGAGCGAGAUGCAACGCGAGAAGAUGAACCCAUAGGUGAGAGUGUUAUGGGAAGCUCUGGUUGGUGAAGACAUUGGUAGGGAUGUUGAAGAGGGGGGCAUUCGUGAGACCCCUACACAUUCAAGGGCUAGUGAGAAGGGUAAAUCCACAGCUUCAACUUCAAGUCGACAAACGAAGAGGAAGACGAUAGCAAUGUCUAGUACGAUAGAAAUGAUUGCCAAAGCAGUGUCGGGCCUAGGGUCUGCAGUUAAGGAAUAUAAAAACAUUUUAAUCCUCACAUCGAUGAGGUCUGUGAUGUCAUUUUCCAUAUUGAUGGUGUGUCAGAUGAUGUCACUUCAAGGGCAUGGAGAUUGGCUCAGAUGCGAAUAAGGGCAAGAUCUUCCUCAAGAUGAAUGAUUUGGCUUGGAUUCAGUCCAAGUAUGGAAGUGGAUCAAAUGAUCGUAACCGAUGCCUGAUGACUAUGCCAUCCCUAUGGCCCUCUCAGAGUCUCUCUCAAUUUCUCUAAAUUUUAUUUAUGGAAACUUUAGAUAUGUAAUUUGACUUAUCUGUGUGUGUGUGUGUCUUCCUUUUGUUCUCUCCCCUCUCUCUUGGGUACCAUCUAAAAAUGGUUGUGGAUGUCUUACUUUUCGGGUUAUGACGUGGAUGGGUUUCAAUCUCUCUAUAACAUUGGACAUGUGUUAUGACAGGUUAUAUGUUUUUUUUUGUGCAUGAGAAUUUGUUGA